CGGUUCUUUCCGGUUUGAAGAUAAGCUUUAUCAUUUCUUUGAGUCUCUCUCUCUGUGAGUGGCGAGCAUUGGUUUCUGGAAAUUGAACUCAACAAAAUAUCUGAAAAAUUCGAUCUAAAAGCUAAUACAAAUCCAAAUUCAAGAGGAGAAGAAAAAUCUCACGUCAUCGAAACUUUCUUCUAUCAUCAAAUACAAAUACCAAAAAAACUCCAUGAAUCUUCAAGCUGUUUCUUGUAGUUUCGGAUUCGUUUCGAGUCCACUUGGUGUCACUCCCAGAACUUCCUUUCGUCGCUUCGUAAUCCGAGCCAAAACGGAACCUUCGGAGAAAUCAGUAGAGAUUAUGAGGAAAUUCUCUGAGCAAUAUGCUCGUCGCUCUGGGACUUACUUCUGUGUUGAUAAAGGAGUUACUUCAGUCGUUAUUAAGGGUUUGGCUGAGCAUAAAGAUUCGUAUGGUGCACCGCUUUGUCCUUGCAGACACUAUGAUGAUAAAGCUGCUGAGGUUGGACAAGGGUUUUGGAAUUGUCCGUGUGUUCCAAUGAGAGAGAGGAAGGAGUGCCAUUGUAUGCUUUUCUUAACUCCUGAUAAUGAUUUCGCUGGAAAGGAUCAGACGAUUACAUCGGAUGAAAUAAAAGAAACCACAGCUAACAUGUGAGAGAACUGGUUCUUCGAUGUUCAUCGCUUCUGUUCGUUAGGUCAAAAGAGUAAUAUGUCUCGCCCCAAAUGCAGUCUUGUACAUUGAUACCUGAGCAUCUUCUUCGUUCUUCUGUACAACUCUUUCACUCUUAAGAAAAUAUACUUUAGUAU